CACGUACCCUUAAAUAUUAUAUAAAAAUGCAGGCGAAAGCUUUCAAUCUCAUCCCAUUGAAGCUGUCGUUGCCGGCGAUCAAACUACCACAACCUCGAGCAAUCUUAUUUCCGGAUCGCGUCCCUCAAGACAUUUCCAUAUCUAUACCAACUCAAGAAGUUUCGACUUCAGUUGAAGACGAAAAAAUAUCAGCUUACUGGGAUUAUCAGUUUCUGUUUAUUUCACAACGUUCAGAAACUGUUAAGCCCAUUAGCUUACGUAUUGUCGAGGGGUCCAUACCGUCAGAUUUCCCCCUCGGGACAUAUUAUCUAACAGGACCGGGACUAUUUAAAGAUGAUCAUGGCUCAACGGUGCACCCUCUAGACGGUCAUGGCUAUCUUAGAGCGUUCACAAUUGACGGAAGAAAAGGUGAGGUCACUUUCAUGGCGAAAUACAUUCAAACCGAGGCUCAAGCUGAGGAGCAUGACCGUGACACUGGCGAGUGGCGGUUCACUCAUCGUGGGCCGUUUUCAGUCCUUAAACACGGAAAAAAGGUUGGGAACACGAAAGUUAUGAAAAACGUUGCUAACACGACUGUGUUGAGCUGGGGAGACCGAUUGUUCUGUUUGUGGGAAGGAGGGGAGCCCUAUGAGGUCGAUCCUACGUCGUUGGAUACUAUUGGGAAGUUCGAUUUGAUCAAUGGUGUUGUCGAUGGUUCUUCAUCGACACCAUCGAAUCCUGACUAUGACUGCAAUAUGGGUGGUGUCGAUGUCGUUUUGGAUGUUGCUACAAGCGUAUUAAAGCCAAUAUUAUACGGGAUUUUCAAUAUGCCACCAAAACGACUGUUGUCGCAUUAUAAGAUGGAUGCAGUGAGGGAUAGGCUUCUUAUGGUGUCAUGCAACGCAGAGGAUAUGCUCCUCCCACGCAGCACUUUCACCUUCUACGAAUUUGAUAGUGCCUUUAAGAUCUUGCAGAAACAAGAAUUCAAUAUUCCAGAACAUCUAAUGAUCCAUGAUUGGGCUUUCACAGAUUCUCAUUACAUAUUGUUUGGCAACCGGAUCAAACUUGACAUUCUUGGAUCAAUGACAGCUGUAUGUGGACUUACUCCGAUGAUAUCGGCAUUAGCUGUGAAUCCUAGUAAGUUGACAUCUCCUAUAUAUUUGCUACCGCGUUUUCGUGAACACCAAGGAAAGAGGGAUUGGAAAGUACCGAUUGAAGCUCCUUCACAAAUGUGGGUACUUCAUGUCGGGAAUGCAUACGAAGAAAGAGAUUUCAAUGGGAAUACACAAAUUCAGAUACAAGCCAGCAGCUGUUCUUACAAGUGGUUCAAUUUUCAUAAAAUUUUCGGGUAUAAUUGGCAGAGUGGUAAGCUAGACCCAUCGAUUAUGAAUGCUGAUAAAGAAGGAGAUAAGUUGUUAUCUCAUCUUGUUAGAGUUUCAAUUACCAUGGAUGCGAGUGGAAAUUGUGAAAAAUGUUGUGUGAAUCCGUUAAAUGAUCAAUGGGAAAACGCAACUGACUUCCCAGUUAUCAAUCAAGAUUUUGGUGGACGCAAUAAUACGUAUGUGUAUGCAGCAACAUCUUUAGGUGCUCGCCGAGAACUACCAAAUUUCCCAUUUGAUACAGUCGUUACGUUCAACACUGCGAACAAUUCCACUCAAACAUGGUCAGUAGGGACGCGAAGAUUCAUAGGUGAGCCCGUUUUCAUCUCAAAGGGAAGCGAAGAAGGCGAUGGAUACCUUGUCGUGGUAGAGUAUGCAGUGGCAGAACAAAUGUGUUAUCUGGUGAUUUUGGAUGCCAAGAAGAUUGGGGAGACAAAUGCAGUUGUAGCAAGACUUGAAGUGCCUAAACACUUGAAUUUUCCUAUAGGAUUUCAUGGCUUUUGGGCCCCUAAGAAUUCAAAAACUUAG